CGGAGUGACAGUACCGUUCGAAUCAGCUGUGGAGCGGAUGUGUAUUCUUGAAAACAUUAAACAAAAACAGUUUUUCGACUUUUUCAACUCAAUUAAUUAAAUAAGAAACGAAUUAGGCCUCCGUAAUGGCAGAGGAUAAUUACGUUCCCCCAUAUUGUGGAUCGAGUUACACAGAUUUACCAAUGGAGAUCAUCCUCAAAAUUCUCGGCUACUUGAACUCAUCGGAUUUAUUCGUCGCUAGUCUAACAUGCCGUCGAUGGUUCGAGGCCACUCAACAUAUAAACACUACGAUGCCGUUGGCUAUCAAUUUCACCAAAGUCCACUUCGCCGAUCAUUCCGGCCCAGCCAGCGUAUUUUUGAACAGCUUACGCAAUUAUUCCAAAAUCACUCUAAACUGUGUUGACUUCGGUACGACGGAUGAAUUCUGGGAUCGAUGUGCGGACAUCAGCAUCAAAGAAAUUUCGUUCAUCAAUUGUGAUCUACGUGAAAAAUAUCUGAACUCAAUACUGAAAAAAGUGAAAAACUUGGAGGCGUUAGAAAUUGAAAAUUGUCGUGAAUUGUUCAUGUCCGGACGCCUGUUCGACAAAGAUCGGGAUAAGAAAACGAUUUGCCAUGCAUGCCGUAAUGUUACCUCACUUGCAUUGACAUACAAUCGAUAUCUGUCGGAUGCGUUGUUCCAUCGCUUUGCGACGAUCAUGCCGAAAUUAAAUAGCCUGGACUUGUCCGGCUGCCAUAUAUCGUUUCACCGCGGUCUGUACAAGAAGUUCUAUCCGGAUAGUCAGAAAGACGCUUCAGAAAGUGUACUCACUUUUCACUACAUCUUCCAGUUUAUUCAAUGCGAGGCACAGUUGAUAAAGAGUUUAAAUUUUAGCUAUACCUUGAUAGACGGCGCAGCCCUAACAUCCCUAUCAGAAAUUGGCGAAUUAAAACUGGAAGUUCUUCGUCUACGUAGCUGUGACCAAUUGACCAAUUCUGGUAUCAUUAGCUUGGUUCAAGUACAGCCAACGUUAGUUGAAUUAGACUUGUCAUCUUGUGUUCGACUAACAGACCCGGGCUUAAUGGAAAUAUGUUCGUCACUGUCGGCACUGAAAAUAUUGAAGUUGAGACGAUGUCGGGCCAUCACAGAUCUAGGAGUUAAGGAGGUUGCCAAUUUAAAAUUAAAGUUUCUUGACAUCUCGGAAUGUGAAUCAGUCACUGGUCGGGGUAUAAUUGACGGCAUUGCGAAGGUUCAAAAUUUGUCGUUGAUGGAGUUGUAUGUGAGCGCACUAAAUAUCUGCGAAAUGUCGAUCAUUCGAAUAGCCGAAAAUAUACCAAAUUUACGACUGCUGGAUUUGAGCUUCUGUAAGAAUGGUGUGACCAAUUUGGCCGUUCAAUUGAUUUUCAAAAAUCUGGUGUGGUUGCGAGUUCUACUUUUGGAUUACUGUGAUAAGAUUUCUGAUGCAGCAUUGACUGGCUUCGAAAUGAACACUCACUUGGUUGCGUACGAAGAAAGCAAGAGUCGAAUCAGCGGCACAAUAUCAAAAGAAGAUGUACAGAGGCAGCAAGAUAACGCUGGUGGCGAACAUCUGAUGGAUGCCAUCCGUGAGGCGAUGAAUCAAAGCAACAAUCAAAACGAAAGACAUCCGUUCAAAAUUUCACUUCGAAGCAAAGCGGAAGAGGAGAUCGUUAAUGACGCAAAACGAAAGAAAGUUAUGCUGGAGAUGUACGAACACAAUGAUACCAAAUCCGACUACAGUGGCUAUUCGAUAAAUCGUGCAAAGGGUCUCACUAAACUUUCUCUGGCAGGUUGCACUAAAAUUACCGACGUUUCAUUGAAAUAUUCCUUCGUACUGCCCGAAUUACAAGAGUUAAGCUUAUCAAAAUGUCAGCAAAUAUCAUCGGUAGGCAUGGACAGUCUGGUAAAGGAAUGUCCUUCGCUGGAAAUAUUGAAUUUAUCCGAAUGCCAUAACAUUACCGAUAAAACUAUUGAAAUGAUAACGAUUCAUCUGAAACGGUUGACCCAUCUAUUUCUUGAACGAUGUACUCAGUUAAGUGAUCACAGUUUGGAUCACAUUGCGGUCAAUUGUACCGCCCUCAAAUAUCUCGACGUUCGAGCUUGUCGAGCCAUGUGUUCGGAGCCAAAUUUACGCUUGGUGAAUUUGUCGUCACUGAAGCAUAUAUCGAUGAGCAAGCCGGGUCCAUAUUUAGUUGAUGCGGACACGAUAACAAUGAAAAGACCGAGGCCACCACCGAUGCCUUUAGCUUUUUGAUGUUUUGUUGUCAUUUCCUUGGUGAAUUUUCUUAUUAUUUUUACACUGGUUGUUCUAUUCUUUGUGUUUAUUUAUUUCAAAAUUUACGUAAAGUAUUUCAUGUGAAAGGGUUCUUUGAACUGUAGCGUAAUACUCGUGUCAUUCAGGGAAUAUUAGGGAUUAAUGGCACAGCUCAAGGCCUCUUCAAGUGACUAUUUUCUUGCACUCCUGCUUUAAAAAUAUUUGCUUCAUUUUUUCACAACAAAUUUAAAGGAGAAGAAAGUUAAAAAAGAAAAUCGAAGAAAAUAUUGAAAUCUACCAGAAUUUCAAUAGACAAUAGGCACCGCUAACAAAUCCACUAAAUGUACUUACACAUCGCCGAGAGAGAAAAAUUGCAAGAAUUACUUCGGAGUCUUGUAGCCUAUAUUUUACUUCACACGAACAUUGGUUGGAAAAUUGGUUGGAAACCACAGUCUUCCUCAUAUAACUUAGUCUCGACAAUGAUGUCUGUUCACUUUGCUGUCCAAAUUCAUAAAGAAAUUUCCCAAACUAUUAAGUUUAUGAGUAAAAGAUUAUUUUAGAGAGUAAACAUGGUGCAUAUCGCAUCUUGGUCUCUGAAUUAUUAUUAAUCAAAUUGAAAUUAUCUUGUUGAUUAAAAGUUGCUUAGCAAUUAUUAAAAUGCGUAUUCGAUACAAGAAAACGUUGUAGUCGCUUAAAUAUUUUCACAAUCGAAAUGUAAGAGAAGUAUGUAUCAUUUUCAGUCGAGUAAUUUGUAUAAAAUAUUGUUAGUCAUAAAAUUAAUUUAUUUAAUAAAAAAAUAUGAAAUUUA